AUGAAUAAAAGUAAGAAAACUUUUGACGAACAUGAAAGAUCCAAUGAUCAUGAUAAUCUCAAAAUUUAUACGACUUGCUUAUUAAAACAAGGAAGAAUUGAUGUAGAACUCGAAAAGGAAAUUAGCACUGCGAAAGAAUAUCGGGUUAAAGUUCUAGAAAGAAUCAUAACUCUCUUUGUGCCGUGUGCUGCUCACUCUUUAAAUUUGGUUGUCCAAAAUGCAGCAGAAAAGGAUUCGCCUGAGUCGGAGCAGAAACUGUCACCUAAAAGAGUGAAAGCAACCCGUUGGUCUUCUCGUUUUGAUGCCGUAAAAGCGUUAAAAAUCAAUUACGGUUCGAUUAAAAUAUCAAUGAAUAUAAAUGAGAAAAAUGUAGUAAGAGUUAAAGCAGCUUUUCUAUCGGAAAAACUUGAUUUGUUGAAAGACGGAACAACUUUAUUAUUCUGGCUUGAUAUUUUACAAAGGGUUAAUGAGGGCAUUUUCCGACUAGCCUGCGAAAACGUUUUGAAAGUUAUGCGAAAAGGAAGAGAAACACUACUAACUCUUCUGGAAGCGUUUGUCUACGAUCCCCUCAUCGAUUGGACUGUUGGGGGAGAAGUUUUAGCCGGCACCACAUUUGGAGCACUAAACACGGAUAUGACAUCGAAACAGAGCAAGAAGGAAUUAGAGAGAGAAGUGACUUUGGCUAUGUUCAAUGUUAGAUGUACAGAAAUGAGAGCUGAGUGGAAUGAAAAUAAGGAAGAAGUUUUGAACGAAAUACCAAACAUCAUUAAGAAUUUAAAUGAAUAUUUGGAGUUGAACGGCAAAGUUGCCGAAAUCGAAGACAAGCUUCAAGAUUUACACCAACAAUUAGCACUAAUUAAAGAAGCAGAAGCUCAAGGAGCGCACAAUCAUUCUCUCUACUCGCUGCCUUCACAUUAUGAUGCAUACCACAAGUCACAAAUUUCUGUAAACAAUGCCAAAACUGAGCUGCGCAAUAUCAUAAAAGACUCGGAGGAACAUGUAAAUGUAUAUUCUAAAUUAUUCAUUCUUUAUGACACCCAGCAAUUCUCUCAAUGGUUAAUGGAUGUUAAAAUUAACAUUACCGAAGACAGUAUGAGAAUUUUUGACUUGGUUAAGGAAUUCUUGCAUAACGCCGGUAAAAAUGAUGUGAUAACUCAGUGCGAGCGAUCGGAACAAGAAGUAUUCCAGUUACUGCAGCUUCUCAAUAUAUCAGUUCGAAAAUGUUUGCAGAUAUACCAGGAUUAUUUUUUGAUUUUAACUCAAUGUCCAAAAUCCUACUUGGAUUCUCACCGAAUUUAUAUGUACAUCAAAUGGUCCAAAUUUCUUUUGGAAACGCAUGAUUAUGCUAGUUGUGAUGUAAUUUACGAACAAAUCAGAGAAUUCUUAGUUACAUCUGCCCUAAUGCACCCACAAAUCGUAACCGUAGCUUAUAGUUUAGAAACUUUUUAUAAAGACAAUUUAAUGAACGUCAACAAAUUGUUUGGCGAUUUAGAGACGAUAAGAUCCAAAGACUCAAAUGAAACAUUAGAAAAAGUUUAUAACAACGCCAAAACGGGGAUUAAUACUUUCAUCAACAUGGAAAAAGGAGCAGUUAGCGCUUUGGAAUUCGUUAUAGCGAGCGAAUUGGUUUUACUUAAUAGAAAUUUGUUAACGUUAGAAAUCGCAGCGCAGAGAAGUGGAGACUGGCUGAUAAAAUUGACUUCACGAGAUGGUGAUUGGUUCCUAGACGAUCUUCUUCUUCAUAGCACUAAGGCAGUCGAGAUGAUUAGUAAUUUGCCAACUUUAAAGCAGACCUAUAAUGAGAGUUUCUACAAAGUUUUAAGUGGUAUUAAAAUUGCCAGUAAUAUCUACAAAGGAUUGUAUGAUUUAAAUUUCAAUUUUCAUACUAUUAUUUUACUCGAAACUAUGAAAAAGAUGCAGGCUGAAGAACCGUCUGUUAUUGAGCUGGUAAACGACUUAAAUAAAGUAGUAGCUGAUAUUGGAGUGUCCAUACCAGAUAUGAUUAGCCAGCUGGAAAAGUUGCUAACUUGUGUUUUAAUGCAGAUGGAUUAUAAUGUAAGUAGUUUUUAG